AUGCCCUCCGCUUUCGAAUUGAACGAAUUGAAGAAAGGUUAUUUCCCUCACUUUUUUAAUACGGAUCAGAACCAGAAUUACGUGGGAACUUAUCCACCGGCAGCUUUCUACAAACCGGACGAAAUGACUACCAGUGGACGAAAAGCUUUUUACGAAUGGUACGACCAACAGAGGGGAAAAGUGUUUGAUUUCCAGAAAGAGUUUGUAGGGUAUUGUAUCUCGGACGUCGACAUUUUACGCCAAUGCUGUGCACGGUUUAGAAGCACCCUCAGGGGGUUGGUCAACGUGGACCCUUUCCAGGAAUCCAUCACGUUUGCCAGUGCUGCUAAUUUAGCCUACCGUCGAAAUUUCAUGCCUAAAGACACCAUUGCCAUCAUUCCGAACCUCGGGUAUGAACCGGCACGACAAUAUUCGGCCAAAGCCUGUCGAUGGCUCACCUGGAUGAGUCAUCAGAAUGGAUGUCACAUACGACAUGCCAGAAACGGAGGCGAAGUCCCGAUCGGAAAUUAUACCGUCGACGGAUACCAGGAAGCGACUCGUACCGUCUACGAAUUUUACGGAUGUUAUUGGCACGGAUGCCCCACUUGCUAUCCCAGUUUACAGACGGAAACUCAUCCUCACCGGACCCAAUUUACUUACCAACAAUUACACGAGAAAACCCUCAGAAGGACUGCGGAUUUAGAGGACAUGGGGUACAACGUGUGUAGUAUCUGGGAGCACGAUUUCGAUCAACAAGUGCAACAAGAUGAGAGUUUACAGCAAUUUGUACGAGAUCUGGACAUUCCGGAUCCUUUGAAACCUCGAGAAGCCCUGUACGGAGGCCGGACCAAUGCCACUAAAUUAUAUUGUGAAGAAGGGGACAUGAGAUACGUGGACGUGUGUUCCUUAUACCCUUACGUGUUGAAACACAGACCUUUUCCCCUAGGGCAUCCCGAGAUCAUCACAGACGACUUCCAGGACGUGAGAAGUUAUUUCGGUCUCAUUCACUGUCGGGUCUUACCACCCCGAGGCCUCUUUCACCCCGUAUUACCUUAUCGGACGGGAGGUAAGUUAUUAUUUCCCUUAUGUCGCACGUGUGCCCAACAACAAGACUCUACGUCUCAAGAUCGAUGUCAACACACCGAUCGGGAACGCAGUCUCACGGGUACUUGGGUGACGAGCGAAUUACAUAAAGCCCUGGACAUGGGGUAUACCUUAGAGGGAAUCUACGAAGUGUGGCAUUUCAAAGAAAGCAGUCAAGACUUAUUUAAAAAGUACAUCAAUACCUUCCUCAAGAUCAAACAGGAAGCGUCCGGAUUUCCCCCCGACUGUAAGACCUCAGAACAAGAACAAGAUUACAUUCGACAAAUCUUCGACAAAGAAGGAUUCAUGAUGGAUAGGAUCAGUAUCGAGAAGAAUCCAGUGAGAAGAACCAUUGCUAAACUCUUUUUAAAUUGUCUGUGGGGAAAAUUUGCUCAACGAUUGUUAUUACCCAAAGUCAGAUACUUGGACGAAGUAGAGGAAUUACAUCAACUCUUACAAAAUUCGACUCUCAACAUCAAGGACAAACAGGAAUUCGUCGAAGAAUGUCCCUUUGGAAACGUGAUCCUGGCUUGUUUUACCACCGCCUAUGCCCGCUUACAUCUCUACGAGACUUUACAACCUUUAGAAGAACGGGGCCUUUAUUUCGAUACGGACAGUAUCAUUUACCAACAUAUAGAAGGAGCUUUUAAUCCUACCUUGGGUCAUAGUUUAGGAGAAUGGACCGACGAAUUAGACGGGGAUCACAUCACCAAAUUCAUGUCGGCAGGUCCUAAAAAUUAUGGUUUUCGGACGGACAAAGGAACCGAGACCCUUAAAUGCAAAGGAAUCACUUUCAACCAUCGAACCUCUCAGUUGGUGUGCCCAGAGACUUUAGAAAAAAUGCUCAAGGGAGAAAUAGAGGAAGUAAAAGUCCCCUAUCCCAGCAAAAUCCAGAGGACCCGUGAUUAUGAGGUCGUGAAUAAACCUUCAGAGAAAACAGUUAGAAUUGUAUAUGACAAGAGACAAAUUGUAGAGAAUUAUAACACUUUACCUUAUGGUUAUUGA